GUUCAUUUAGCUUGAAUUAACAACUUUAGUUUAAGCAACAAUAUUCGUUAUUUUGUUUUUAUAAUCUGGUGAUCUCAACUUUUCGCUAUGCCAAAACAGAUGGACAAAAUAAUCACAGUAUAUAAAAAUGUUAUUCAGAAAUCUUCAUCGCCUGUAUCAGGUUAUAUUUUAAACAGUACUGAACCUAGUAUAUUAGUGAAAUCAUCAUGGUCACAGCGAAACAUUGAAAGAAAGAUAGCUGUUCGCUCUGAGUUGACACAGUUUGUCAAUUAUGAAACAAAGGAAAUUCAGACUUUAACAUCUACAGAUAUUUCUUCUGAACUCUUGACUUCCUAUUCUCCAUCUGGUUUGUACCGAGCUUUAUUUAGAGAAAUACCUGCCUCUGGGAAAACACCUAAGAAACAGCAUCUAGAGGUCUGGAAGAAAAAUAUUCUUUGGAAACUUUUUGAUUUGACUAGUUUUGAUCUUCAUGGAGAUGUUAAUACCGAUAGUGAGUUUUCCAGCUUCCAAUGGUCAUCCUGUGAAACCAAAAUAUUGUAUGUAGCUGAAAAAAAGGUUCCAAAAGCAGAACCAUUUCUUCCUGCAAAACUUUCUGGAAAGAAUGACGAAGAUACCAAAAAAGGCUGUGAAUACGAGUUUGUUGAGGAUUGGGGUGAGCAACUGGUUGGCAAAUGCUCACCAGUGCUGUGCAUCUGUGAUUUGGAGCAGGAGUUAAUCAGUAUUGCUGCAGGUUGCCCAGAGGAUCAUAGCCUCGGACAAGCUGUUUGGGCUCCAGAUGGUGGAAUUGUAGCAGUUGCUUGGUCCAAUUUACCUUGGCGGAUUGGUCUUAUAUUUUGCACCAACAGACUGUCUUGGAUUGUGCAUAUAAAGCCUGAUGGUAGCUACAGUAAAUUGAGUGGUGAUAAACUAGCUGUAAGAAGUCCAAAAUUCUCCCCAGAUAAGAGCUCUCUGGUUUGGUUAGAGAGAGAAGUGGGAGGUCCACAUCAUGCGUGUCACAGACUGAUCUGUUAUGACUGGACCACCCAAAAGAGCUCAGUUGUUGUAGACAUUGUCAAAGAAUCUAUUACUACUGCUGAUGGCCAGCAGUUUUAUGGAAUUUACAGUCAAAGCCUGCCAUCAAGGUGUUGGCUGCCAGAUAAUAAGACAUUGGUCCUCAAUACUAUUCAGAGGGCUAGCCUCAAACCUUAUCUAGUUGACAUAGUUAACAAAACUAUAAAGGCAAUUAGUGAUGACUCUGAUGACAGUUUUAAUCUUGGCUUUCUUGACAUUUACAAAGAUUUGGUUUUGUGCUACCGCAGUUCUUUGGACACACCUCCCUCAUUAUUGCUGGGUAAAUUGUCUAGCACAGGUGUUAUUGAUUGGUUAACAUUAUUGGAACAGGAACCGAUCGUCAGUGGUUUCAAAACUGGUGUCCUCAGGCUGGAUGCAGAUUGUGAAGCUGAAAGCGUGAGCAAAUUUUCUGCUCUAUAUAUGAUUCCUAAAGAUGAUGCAGAUGCUCCUUUGGUUCUAUGGUCUCAUGGAGGACCGCAUUCUGCAUUUACUAAUGGAUUUAGCAUUUUAGCGAACUUUUUAGCAUCUCUUGGCUUCGGCAUUGUGAUGCCGAAUUACAGAGGGUCAGUUGGUGCUGGCCAAGCCUCAGUCGACUUCCUCUUGGGUAAAGUUGGCAAGACAGACGUGAGGGACUCUCAACAGGCUGCAGAGACUGUCCUCAAGAUGUUUGCAGGCCAGCUUUCAUCAAACAAAUGUCUUCUAUUUGGUGGUUCUCAUGGUGGCUUUUUGUCACUUCAUCUGGCUGGCCAAUAUCCUUCAUUUUAUAAAUCUUUGUCAGUACGAAACCCAGUUCUUGAUCUGCCCACAGCUUUUGCCAUGUCGGACAUUCAGGAUUGGGCUGUAAUUGAAGGAGGUUUUAGUUUCGAACCAACACUUCAAAUGAAUGCUAACAUGUUUGAGGUAAUGAUGUCUCAAUCACCUAUUAGUGUUAUAUCAUCUGUAACUGCACCAGUGCUUCUCCUCCUUGGUAAGAAGGAUCUGCGAGUACCUGCUUAUCAGGGUUUCUCAUACUUCAGACAGCUGAAAGCGAGAGGUGUCAAGACUAGGGCGCUGGUGUAUGAUGAUAACCAUUCGUUGUCUCAAGUACCUCAUGAGGUUGACGUUGAAAUCAACAGCGUCCUCUGGUUUCUGGAGUCUAUUGAACACACAGUGGAGUAAUAUCUGGCAAUUCCUUUAGUUUAAUAUUAUUUUGGCCAGGUUGUUUUUAUUUUUCUAUUCAAACAGAUACUUUGUUAGAACAGAUUUUUCAAUGACUGUUGCUAAUUGAUGUCUUAAAUUUAUUUAUUAAGUGUUCUGUAGGUAAUUCAUAGUGUUUCAGAACUUCUGUUGAUAAAAAUUGGUAAAUUUCGGAACCAUCAAUUUAAAAUUAUUAUUUAUAAGAUUGAUUAAACAUUGGCCUAGACACUCCAUAAAUAUGAUAUGUUUAAAUAAAAAUUAGUUUAAGAUCAAUUAUUUUCAUAGUGCUCUUAAUUCUUGAAUGUCUUAUUUAUCAAAGUCCUGUAUCUGAAUUUAUUUGUUUAUCUUCUUAAACUGAUAUAAAUAUUUGAAUCAUGAAAACGAAUUCGAUGAAAUCAUGAGCUUUUAUCAACUAGUUAUUCUUUAUCAUUUGAUUUUCUAAAUAAAUGAUUUCAGUUUUUGUUACAAAUUAUGUGAUAUAGCUGAUUUAUGCUUGGAUAUUUUAAGUACUUUGAAAGUCCUACUUCCUCUCCACAACCAAGAAAUAUUUGUUAUCAUUCUAAUUUCUCAUUUAAUACUUUUUGUUCAACUUCUUCUAUUUUGCUUCAAAUUAAAUUAUUACUCCAAAAUAUUUUUAAAAUUACAACUCAAUUUGUUUGUAUCUGUACCUCUGGGAUGAACUGUCAUUAAUAGUUAUGUAUUUUUAAUUUCAUUAACUAACAGGCUUUUAAAACUCAUAAUUUUCUUCAGAAAUUAUUAUUAGAGCACAUUAAAUACUAUUGGAGAUAGGUAAAUAACUUUAGAAGGAAACUUAAAGUGCAUGUGCCUAACAAUAACCUUUUGUUAUUUAAAUUACAAAGCUUAGGGAUAAGUGGACACCAUUUAAAGAAUGUUAAACAAAUCAAAAUGUAGGGAAAAAAGUUGUUAUAUUUAACUAGGUAGCUGCCUGAAGUAAUGUAGAACAAGACUUUGUUUCUUUAGCAUAAUCUCCCAGCCUAAGCUCUGCCUCCAAGGUUUUUCCUCAAGUUGUUGGCCUUAAGAUGGUUUUAGAUUUUCCUACUAAUAAGGUAAAUGUCAUUCUUAAAAUUAUUUAGUAAAAUAAAUCUGUUGUCAACUCAAUGAAGAGUUGAGAACUUUCAUUAGUAGUCAAAGCUUCUUGUAUAAUUCUAUGAAAUAUCAUUUCCUCUUCAAAUUUAAUUUUAACCUUUGUUUUGAAUUUUCUAUUUUAUAAAAAAAUUAACAAAUUCUGAAAAUUUGGAUCUUCGAAUUGGUUUUAUCAAAAUAAUCUAUUUUUACUCAGUACAAAUUUACAUUAAGAUAGAGUAUUUUUUGUGCAAAUUUGUUCCCUUUAGAAUUAUCUUAUCUCCGAGGCACGGAUACAUCUAAAUUCUGUAAGGUGUUAUAAUUAUUAACAGUUUUUACAUCAUAUUUUUUUUUAUAUUUCGUUAACUUUAGUAAUGAUUAUUUGAAUUAUUUUUUUAAAUUCAAAGUUGAUGAAGAGAAAAAAAAUUAUUUAUAUCAGUAAAAAAAAACUUCUGUCCAUUCUAAUUUUGGCCAAUUAAGGCUAUAAGGAACAGCAGAAAAUUUUAUUUUUUGAUUAGGGUAAACUUUUGUCUUGUACCUGUAAAUUAAAAGUAAUACUCAUUAUUAUAUUAAAAAUAUUUUUCUGUUUGGCAUUCAAACUAUCAAUAAGCAUUUAAAUUAUCAAUUUGUCCAAUGAUUUUUACUAUUUCCGUCCAGUUAUGUAAGUAAAUAUUGCCCCUGUUGGUGAUUUUAAUUUAAUUUUGCAUGAUAUUAUGAUUACUACUCUGUUUUUAUAGUUUGGUGUGCAAUGGUAUAUUUUUUAAAAUGCUGUAUUACAAAUUUCUAUCAAAAAUUACUACAUUUGGAUAGUAGAAGAGUCUUCCAUGCGAUAGGAGCUCAGUGGUAUUAGAGUGGCACAUAAGAAGAAGUAAAAAAAAAAGUUAAUCUAUUUUAAAAGUAACAUUUAAAACAAAGACUAAGAAUUGUGAUUUUAAAAAAAUAAGGCUUACAAAAAAAAAAAAGGUGAACACCAUGUUAUGUUGCCCUUACUGAGAUAUAUGUAUAUAACUUUUUACUGAUUUUAUGACCAUUUUACAAAAGUAUUUAUAAUAAUAUAAUUAUUACAAAUAAAAAUUUAAUUGCUGAAAAAUUAAAUCUAGAAAGCAUACCAAUGUAAUAAUAUAGGCAGUAACAUAUGUUCAGAGAUUCUAGCUUAAAAGCUAUAUUAGAGAUUUAUAGCGAUAAUAUAUUAUAUUAUUAUUUAGACUUAAUGUGAAUCACGAUCAUUUGUUUUUGUUUUUUUUAUUGUCUUAACCAAUUCACGAAAUCCAAAUGGAGUAUAGUCUCUUAAUUCUCAAUUUUGUUUAAUUAUGAACAUAACAUAUUCUGCAUUAAUUAUUUUGUUAGUUUCUAUGACAUUCUCUUAGCUUUCUUUAAAACUUAUUUACCAAAUCACUGAAGGAUUAUUAAAUCUAUAUUAUUUUUUUUUUUUUAUUUCAUUUAUUUUUUAUAAAUCAUUCUCUACGUUAUUUAUUUUUAUUCUAACACAAAAUUUGAAAUUAAUUGCCAUUUAUUGAAUUGUUUUUCUGCGGGAUGGUUCGGUACAUCCUGUAAAAUCUGAAUUGAAAAAAAAAUAAUGAUGUUUAUCUUUGACUUUAUUUUGGAAGUGCACAUCAUAAAAUGGUCAAUAUUUUGCUAAUCUAGAUUUUUUUUCACCUGGUAUAUCUUUAACUUAUUUAAAUGAUAAUGUCUUCCUCUAAUUAUACUAUAUAUUCUUAAUAUAAAAAUAAUUAUAGAUUUACUUAUCUUUCAAUGUGUAAAUCAACUGGUGUUUUUUUAAUUUAAAUUUUAAAAAAAAUAUUAUUAAAGCAGAUGAAAUAGUGUCAUCAUUUUAUUUUAACUUUUUCUGAUUAUAUUAGAUUUUUCUCCAGUGUAAAAACCUCGUUUAAUUGUAAAAUUUAUAGGAAUCUCCGUAUAGUUUUUAAAAGUGAAAUAGGAGACAGUCAGAUAUUGUUUAUUGAUGAUAAAAUAUUUUAUUUGUUUUUCAUUUUGUUUAGCCCAUGUUUUAGUUUGAAAUUAUUUUGAAAAACAAAUCUAAUAUAGAAAAUAAUUUUUUUAACCAAUAUAAUUAGUUUUUCAAGAAUGUGGUUUAAUAUUUUAUAAUUUAUUUUUCUUAGCUGUUCAGAUCUGCAAUUAAUUUUGCUAAAUACUUACAGCGCAUUAAUUUUAAAAGGUGAUUAUUAUUUUUUUUUUUCAAAGAAUAAAAAAACAUAAUAGGUUCUAGAAAGGAUGGCUGUUUUAUUGUUGAAUAUAAUCUGAAAAAGUCUAAUAAACUAAAUAAAAAGAUAUAUAGGGAACUGAGCAUUAGGAUGCACUUUUACAAUUUAUAACUUCAAGAGCAUUAUGAAUGUAAAGAUUUCUCUAAUUAGCAUAUAAUCUAAGUGAUUGAGAAGUUUCUACAUAUUUAGGGGUGUAUUUUAGUUUUGUAUGACAUAGUAUGAAAGAAUAACAUCAAAAUAUGUAUAUAAUUUUUUUAAUGUGAUUUUUUCCAUUAUUAGUUAUGGAAAGCUAAAAUUGAGGCAUUGCAUAGUCUAAUAAAAAAUAAAUAAAAUGUGUUGGACUAGCAAUAUUAAAAUGUAAAAUGCAUAUUGAUAUGCACAAAGCUUGAAUUAAAACAAGGAACUCAAGAAUUGUAAUUAACCACUUCAGGACCGGAACUAGGAUUUUUGCUAGAAGGAGCAAGCAUAAUUUUGCCGUCCUUCUUUCACAUCCUGCCACUCUCAGUUUAAAGUCAGUAUUUUAGGUAAUGUAUUUCGAAACAAAUAUCAUUGUCAGAUCAUAUUAACUCAUGUCAUUGACAGAAUUAAGGCCAAAAAGUUUUUUUGCAUUUAUAAUGGUUUAUUGAUAAAUAUUACAAUCUUGAUAAAUAUUAUAAUCAACAAGGCCAAAAAGUAGAAAGAAUUAUUUUUUAGAUAUGGUACAAACAUUUUUUCUUGAAAUUUGCCACCGGCGCAAAUGCUUGCCCUCUUUGGCUCUCAGGUCUAUUGCAGAUUAGCCCUGACAGUUAUAUUUUAAUCAAUGUUGUCAUUUUUCUAAUACACAUAUAUAUAAAAGGAUGAAUCUCAUUUUAGGUGCGUUUUAGUCCAUUACAACGUUGAUGUGAUUAGUUAAGUCUAAAUUGAUUUUUUUUUUCCACCGCUGUACGGUGAAAAAGUAUUUCUUCAUAAUGAAAUAUUAAAAAUCAAAAUAUUAAAGAAUAAUGUGAUUUUAUAAAUACCUAAGCUACUAAAAUGUCAUUACCACAUAUUGCCCCCCCAGUUUUCUAGUAAACAAUUUUUUUGUUUUUUCGGAACCUAUGUAAAAUGAAAGUGAAAUUUAUUUCCACUCCUAAAGAAUAAUAAAGGCAUUUUGUUUGAAUUAUAUAUAUUUUUUAACUUUUGUUAACAGUGACGUAUGUUUAUGGAUUUUCCCAUCACUUUUUUGUCAUUACCAAGCAAAAAACAUAACGUAAGAUAUUUAAGCAUUGAAAAGAGGGAACAGUGGCAAUUUCUUCAGUGUAGUAGUAGCCAUAGAGUUAAAGGAAAGCCACCAUCUGAAGUUGGGGAGCCUCCCUCUACGCAUCCGUUUCUUGUAUGGUGAGCACGUACCUUUAUUGUUGUCAUUACCACCGCUUAUAUUAUCUCGCUAUCUAUUCAAAUUAUUUCAUUCAUUAUAAUUUAUGUUUAACUAUGGUCUGUAGCAAGUCAAUUGGAAAAACAAAAAUUUUAAUACUAGUUACACUGUAGUUUUAGCCGAAUAAAAUAUGUGAAAAUGUCAUUACCAAGUUGUAAACUCGUGUCAUUCCCCACCCAAAUGAUUAGCUUUACUUACUGAGCAAAAAAACACUUUUGAUCUUCACCAUUUGCUCAGAUUAACAGCUGAGCGGCAAUAGAAGGUGAGGUAUUUAGAAAAUUGUAUUUAAAUGCCAUCAAAAUUUUAAAAAUUUUAUCAUGAACAUUGCCCAUAAUCUGAGAAUCACCCUUAAAUAUAUUUUAACAGAUGCAUUUAGUUAGCAAAAUGAACUCUAUUAAGUUAUGCUCCAGUUUGAAUAAUGACAAGAAGAAGCCUUAUAUUUUAUCAGAAAGCUGGAAUUAUCCAUAAGAAAUGCACUAUUUAUGAUGGACUCAUAUCUGUGUGGAGAAGACAUCAUGGAAAAGAUUUAUUUAAGACAAUAUUACUAAUUAUAACUGGCAGGACUAAUCUGCAAAAGACCCUGGCUCUCCCUAGUUCAGAUCCUUAACCAAGUAUAUCAUUUAAAAUGAGUAAAAAUGUCAUGAAUAAAAUAAAUUAACUGAAACACAUUUUCAUGGCUUGCAUACAUGUAAAUACUUCAAUUAUUUUUUCUUUAAUUAUUAAGCUAAUUAUGUUGUUAAUAUUAAAAUAAAACAUUAGCAAAGGUUUAUAUUCAACAGUUACCAAAGAAAGUUUUGUUAUUUGCAGUUUUUAGAUACCUAUGAUAUGUAACAGGAUCCAAUGUUUACUGCAAUGUUGAUUUUUUUUAUAGUUGUUCAUAAAAAAAUAUAUAUGGAAUAAUACAGUGGAUUAAAAAUAAGAAUACGAUUGUUGUAGACUAAAUGGUAGUCUUUGUCUGAGUAUGAGUGCCUUCUUUUGAUUGCGGCUAACACAAUUUUUUGAGAAGGAAAUUAUAACAUUUAAAAAUAAGAUUGUAUUUAUGGAAUGAUGUUAGUAAAAAUGGAAUAACAUGCUCUUCCGACACUAGUGAUAUUUUUAUGUUAAAACUGCUUCUACUCUUUUGUGUGAAUAAAACCCCAAAAUUAUAUGGUUGUAUAAAGUAUCAACAUAUCAACUUAUUUUUCAAAUGACUAACAUAUGCUAUUUAUGUAUUUUUAGCUGAAUUUUUCUAUUUAUGACAAAUACCAUAUUUUUUUAUUGUAGAGUUAAAUGUUCAAGAACUUACCUUACCGGUGUGUGAUGUAUAAAAUAGUAUUAACAAUAAAUAUUACAAUUUUAAUUGAUCUAAUUUGUCUGUUAGAGUUUUCUUGAACCACACGAAUAAAUUUGAAAAUGUUUCAUAUUCGUAGAGUUUCAGUGAUUCCUAUGAAGUAUUCAGGUAACAAGAUUCAACGACUAUGCCUAUUAAUCAAAACAACAACAAAACACAGUAUUAAAGAUAAAAUAAAGAAAAAA